AUGGUCGAACAUCCAUGUACAAGAUGUGGCAAAAGCUUUCCCAAAUUAUGGAAACUUCGUUGCCAUAAUGAAAGACAAUAUAAAUAUCGACCAAAAGUAAUUCCUCAAAUUACAAUUCCCCAAGUCAAAGACCAAGACAUUCCUCCUCCUGUUACUCAUAUUCGAGGAAGAGAUCAAAGACGAGAAAUAACAAAAAGAAAUAAAUCACCAAUACCAAUUUCCCAAGAAGCUGGCUCAGGCCCCGCAAUCCAAGCCUAUAGAAAAAAUAUAGCUUCACAGAAUGAACUUCAAGAGGCAAUAAAAAAUG